AUGUCGUUCAAAAAGAAAAGAAAAGAGAUUACCAUUACAAGGAAAAUGAAACUAGAUGCCUUAAGAAGACUGGACAAAGGGGAAAAUGUUGAAGAUUUUGGUAAAUCUUCUGUUGUGGACUGCUUGCUUGCCAUAUCUGUAGAUACCUUAGUUGUGAUGGAUGAAACUAAUCAAGAUAUCAUAUUUGUAUGCCCAUGUGCCUCUGUUCUUGGUUGGUCCUCCCAGACCACAAGCCUUAAAAUAUUUUAUCAUCAAGGUGAAUGUCUCGUCAUACGUUCCAAAGAUCCAGAUGUUGAUGAAAUACAAGAAAUAGUGAGUCGACUGCUUUGUGUUACGAAUGGAGCUGAGACUCAAGAAUUGAUUCUUAGAAGAAAUAGUUUAGGGCAGCUGGGAUUUCAUGUGCAAUUUGAAGGAGUUAUUACCGAAGUGGAAAAUUACGGCUUUGCUUGGCAGGCUGGAUUACGACAGGGAAGCCGCUUAGUUGAGAUAUGCAAAGUAGCUGUCGCAACUUUAACAUAUGAUCAAAUGGUUGAUCUUCUUAAAACUUCAAUGACUGUUUCUGUGACAGUUAUACCUCCUCUUCCUAAUGGAUCAUCGCGGAAGGGUUGUAACCUACAGAAUUGUAGCUACUUAUCUGGCGGUGGAAUUGGUGAUUAUGAAAACAUUGGCAUAUGUGAUCAUGGUGACAGUCAUCAUAAAACGGCCACACCUCGACAACAAGCUGCUUUUCAUUCACAACGAAUGAAUUCUAGGAGAGAAGCUCAUUCUAAUUCCCAGCACCCUAACAGAAGUCCAUCAAUGGAUCGAAUACUUCCAAAAUCAGAUGUGCGAAACAUUUUUUCUGAAACACGGAGGGACCACAUACAGCAUCAUUCCAUUCUCUCUUUGAGAAAUAUUCAAGAAUCUUCUCAAGGAUUACUUCCAUCUCGAAUAACUGCUUACGGAGGUGUAGGUAGCUUGACUUCUGUUGAUAAAGAAAGUAGUCCCAAAACUGGAACUGCAUUUCCUACCUCUCGAUCAUCUCCUGUCUGUGCAUCUUCAAGUUCUCAUGAUCAUGGUUUGCCUACAUAUGGAAAUAUACAAAGUCAACUCCAUCGUAGCUUCCAUGAUAGAAAUCGCAAUGGCAUAUCUCAGCGCCUUAUGCACAUCGGGGGCAUGGUGUCUGCUCGAAGUGAAUUAUCUUUGGCAGAAAUAACCCCAUUCCAUGCUAGAUCCCAUUCUCAUCAUAUGGUCCUCUGUCCACAUUCUUCCAAAAGUCAGUCACCAUCUGAAAAUUCAGUAGUUCAUCCACGAUCUCAUACUACAUCCCCCCAUUCUCCUUCAUCUAAGCAAGGAACUCCAUUUGCCAAAAGAUCUCCUUCAAGUGUUAACUCUGACUAUCAUUCUGACAGUUCCAGUGAUUGGCAUCAAGGAACAAGUAGUGCAGAUGAAUUAUGCGAGUCAAGGGUAAGCUGUAGCCCACACAGGCACAUUCAAGAUUCCAAGGUUAAUGCAAUAAACCAGCAACCCAGAAAGCUUACUGAAUCAACGCAAUCAAAAUUGAGUCGUUUACGUCCUGGUGUUACCUCUUGUAGCACUCGAGCAGCUAAGCUAAAUGGUAAUUUUGUGGCAAUACCUAGUAGUGGUAGCAGCUGUAGUGGUAGUACAAGCACUUUGCAGGAAGAUUUAUUUAAACUCAUAAAUCCUGAAUAUCUGGAUAGUGACAGCAAUAGUGAGGAUCCUCCUUCAUCUCAUUUGGAUUCUGACACCGGCUCCAGAACUCGCCUUUCUACACCUUCAUCUUCAUUAGAACGCAGUGCAGGUAACACUCCUGAUCCUGCACUGGAUGUUAUCCUAACUAAAGCCCAACCGGCUCACGUGAUUGCCUCCGAGCCGUCUUCUCCAGCAGCUUCCGACAUAAGAUUAGAAAGAUUAUCGCCUCGUGUCACCUCAGAUCGCAUUCAAAAUAAAUUCAAGCCAUUACCUCCACCUCCAUCUUCACCUUCUUUAAUUCCACUAGCUGACAGUGGAAAUAUUGAUUGGGCUACUUUAGUGGCUUCAGCUACCAAAGGAAUUGAAAGUCUUCCAAUUGGGUCAGCUUCUUGGUUGGAAGAAGCUGAAAAGCAAUCAAACCUCGACAACAACUUGGGAUCAAGAAUUCCUAGUGUUCAAGAGUUAGAGGCUCUACUUUGGAAAAAGCAACAAGAUUUAAUGGAAUCAAGAAUUCCUGAUGUUGAAGAAUUAGAGGCUCGACUUUUGAAAAUGCAGCAAGAUUUGUUAAAGGAACAACACCAAAAAGCAAAUUUGGAACAUGAAGUUUUACAGUUGAGGGAAGAAAAUCAGAGGCUGCAGGAAGAAUCCCAGUCUAAUGCCGUUCAAAUCCGUAAAUACAGAGAAUGGUUUUUACAGACACGAGAAGCCCAGUCAUAAAAAAGAAGAAAAAAAAAGGAAAAGAAAGAAAGCUAGAAAAAAAACUGUCUUGUUUUUAAUCCCCUGUGCCACCAUUCCAAAAAAAUCAUGGCUGAAGUGUUUUGAAAUAGUAUUAUGAAGUACAGUGGGUGAAAUAUAAUUGUGAUCUUUUUCAGAGUUGUCCAAAGAUUAAUUGUACAAUAAUUCCUAAGCAUAAAACUUUUUUCUUUUUUCCACAUGAGCUCAUAGAAGUAUGUAUAUAUUUUUCAUUUGUGUGUUGGCUGUUGCCUUAGAUUUUUAGAUUGCAGUAUAUAUUUAAUUAUUGAUUAAUAUUUUUAAUAAGAUUAAGUUUCUUAAAUUAUUUUAUGCAUUUAAUCCUUCGAGCAGCAUGGCUUUUUGGUCUUACUGAUGAAGAGCUGUAAUUAAGCAACAUUUAUUAGCUAGAUUUAUAUAAUUACUAAUUUUGCUGUUUGUUUUCAUAACCUUCCAAUCCUUAGAGUAACAAACUAAAAUAUUUAAAAAGAGCAAGUUAAUAUAUACAGGAGGUUGUGGAUUUACAGCUGCUGUUCGGCUGGCCAGCGUGAAGUUGAUUUGGUCCUUUCUCAGUGUAAAUAAAAAAAUUAAAUAAAUCACUUGCUAUGGUCCUCAUAAUAAUUGUUUUCACUAUUUCUAGUGGCUGGGCUGCGGUCAUUUUCAACUGUUGCUUCAACUGUACUUUUGAUAUGACAUUUUCAUAAACAUUGUUAGCUUAGACUGAACUGUUUGUUUUUUCUUUUGGUUAUAAAUUUAAUGAUGUAUAAAAUUUCAUUUUUAUUUUUUUUAUUUUUUUUUUUCCAACCCUGUUAAUUUGUGUCCAUAAGUGUCUGGCCUAGAAAGAAGUUGGUUUAAUGUUGUAAAGAAUUAGAAUAAACCCUCCACAGUCAAUUUUUUUCUGGUUCAAUUUUUCCUGUUUUCUGUUCUUUCUUCUUGUUUAACCAAACAAGCUACCCAUAGCUGCCAGGUCUCUCCAUUUUUUAGGGAGACUCCUUGCUUUUCUUCAAAUCUCCCAGUAGAUCAUUGAAUCGCUCAGUUUUUGAUUUUUAGAUUUCACUAAGGAAAACAUUUUUCAGCAAUAAAUGGAAUUUAUUGAAUUAUAGAAACUUAAAUUAUGCAAAUUGCAUUACCUUACCUUUAGUGUGAUUUUUCAGAAUGUUUUCUUCUUAAAUUUUAUAUAAUCUGUAUUGUGUUUUUUAUUACAUUGAACUGAUCUUUCUAAAUUUUUCUUAUUAAAGUUCCAUCUGUCUUAAUGUGCUGUAGACUUUUAUAUUAAGAUUCAAGCAGUCUUUAAUCAUCUAAUAUUUGCAUUUAACACAUUCUUUGCCAAAUGUGAUAUGGUGUAUCUGUUCGCACACACCAAGAAUACUUGUAGCUAUGAGACACACUAUGAGAAACUCAUAGCCAGCAAGCAAACUCAACAUGCCAAGUAUUCUUGUGGAUAGCAACAAACGCAUUAAUUUUAUUUUAUUCAAUAUAUGGUACAAUACUAAGAUUAUUCACACAAAUAUGAUUACAUUAAUAAUUAAUUUAAUUUUUUUUUUUUUUUUUUUUUUUUUUUUUUUAUUUAUUUAUUUAUUUAAAGGUAUUUUAAUAAGUAAAGUUUCACUAUUUUGGAUUUUCUCGACAUAAAAGUCGAAUAUAAUUAAAAAAUGAAAUUUGCCAAAGAACAUAAAAUUUAGAAUGUGUAAUUUAAUUCUCUUAUAAAUAGUUUAGUAAUCUGAAUCAUGCAUUAUAAAAUGAAUUAAAGUCAGUUUGGAGUUAAUUUGAAAUAGUGUUUCUGUGCAAUGUGAGAAACCUCCUGGUUUUUUUGAAAAAAUAUCUUGAUUUUUGAAAACUUUCGAGGCUGAUAGGUAUGAAUUAUAUAUUGUAGAUUAAUUAAUCACAGAAUUAUAUGAGCACAAAGGAAAUGAUUUGCAGCAAAAAGUAAUGCAAGUGUAUUGACUUAAAUGCCAAGAUGGUGCAUUAAUUGUGAGUUAUGCAUGGUGUUGCCAAUUCUAAUACAUGCACUAAAUUCAGUUUUGUCACUUCAACACUUAAUUUUGGGGGGUAAAAUUUUUGACAGAAUGUGCCUUUACAAAAAUACUCAUAACGUUAGUCGGAUAGCUGUAAGUCAAUGACCACCUGAACUGAGUGGCUGUAAAUUUCAUGACUGGAUAAGAGUAGUUAUGUUGCUCAGAAGAUUAAUUAAAAUUUUUAUGUUAUACUUAGUUUAAUAUAUUUUUACUUUUAUGUGUGACAUUCUAAACGACUCAGUGUGAUAUAUGCCAAAAGGACUGUGUAAAGUAGUAUAGUGAUAAUUUUAUUUGUAUUUUAUAAAACUGAAUUUGUUACUGUAGUUAUACUGAAUCAUGUUGCAUUAUUGGAAGAUAGAAUCUUCAUAUCUUAUCUGAGCAGGUAAGGCUGCUAUCAAAUCUAAACUAUUACAAGCAAAAUGUAUUGGUGGCUUUGAAAAGAUUAUUUCCUUUUUCAUAUUGAAGCAUUGAAGAAGAUAUAAACUAAUAUAAAUUUUAUGCCCUGUAAGUGCAAAAUAUAUUUUUAAAUAUUUCCAUUAAAUUGGUAUAUUCUAGACCUGUGACCAUGUUUGGAGUAUUUUUGUUUAUAAUAUGUUUGGUGACUUCCCUCCUCUUUAGUUAGACUGUUGAUUGUCUUAAUAUUAGUUGCCAUGCAUUAAUUAAUCAUUCCAUCAAAUAAAUAUUAUUAACUAAAGACUAUUAAUAUUAAAUCUAUAAUAGAUUUCAUGCUUAAAAAGUUUCUGAGGAUUAGGUGUUCCGUAAUAAAUAAGCAAUAAAUAAGGUCAUGCUUUAAGAACUAUGCAAUAUUUUGUAAUUCGAAAUUUUUGAAAUCGAGUUUUAUUUAUAUUAUUUUUGUGAAUGAAAAGUUCCCUGACGAUUUUCAAAAUAUUCAAACAGUUUGAUCACAUUUCUCAUUCCUGAUUUUGAACAGUGGAAAGUUCAGGUUUAUCACUUAAUAUAGUUGACUAUGUUAAUCUUUUUAACAUUCCUAUAUCUUUAGACCAAUAAAUCAUUUUUGGGUAAAUAGUAUGAUAGUUUUAUAUUAUCUAAUAUAUGAUUUUUUAACAUCUGUUUAACAGUUUUUAUACUUUUAGUAUAUAGUUUUAUUAUUAUUCUGCCAUCAUUCAUUCCUUUCAGUUUCUUUAUGUUUUCUAAUGUAAUACUUUCUUUUAAUAAGUUAACUUAUUUAAUUUUUCUGUGUAAAGUGAGAAGAAACAAGAAUAUGCUUUUAGUUGUUUUACAUAUAUCAAAGCUGCCAACUCUCCCGCAUUAUCUUCACAUCUCCAUUCUCCCAAAAGAUCACUGAAUUCCUGGCUUUAUUUUUUUGCCAAAGAAAAUAUUUCCCAGCAAUAAAUGAAAUAAUUUGUUUAAUUCAUGGAAUUAAACAAAUUCCAUUCCCUCACCUAUAGUGAUUUUCAGAGUAAUUUGUCUUAUUCAAUUUUAUUUAACUGAAUUGUAUUUAUUAUUAUAUUUUAUUGAUCUUGUUAAAUUUUAUUUGAUUUGAGAAGUCUUAAUCUACUGUAGACAUCUGUAAAUUUUUAUAUGAAGAUUCAAGCAAUGUUUAAUCUGUUAAUAUUUAAUUUUACUUCUGUAUACUGUACAUUACUAAGUUUAUCAACACAAAUACUAUGUAGGUUAAUUAUUAAUUUGAUUUUUAUUUUCCUCACAGAAUUUUCUUGUUAAAAAAACUGUAAGAAAAUUUAAAAAUAAAAUUAGCCAAAAAGCAUAUACAAUCUAGAAUAUCCAGUAGUGCUAUCAUAUGAAUUAAAUUACAGAUAGAUCAGUGAUCUAACCAUGCAUUAUAAAAUGAAUUCAUUUGAAGUAGUGAUGCCUCCCUGUUUUUAAGAUUUCAAGGUUGGCAGCUGUGAUAUAUAAAAAAUUUCAUAAACAUGUUAUCAAAGAAGAAACUUACUGUCAGUUUUGUUCUUCAAAAUUAAAGGGCCCCUUCCCCCAAAAAAGUUUUCAUCUUUUUUAAAUAAUUGAAGAGUUUGUUACUAACUGAAAGCUAUAAUAUAUUUCUGCAUUAUUUCCUGACUUUUUGUCAGAGAAUUUUGUUCGUACAUGUCUUUUUAUCAAGGAAAAAUCUUAGCUGGAAUGUCUGUUUUCUGAAAAAUGCAUACUUUUCUUGUUUAUUAGAAAUUUCUUUAAUAAAUUUAUGGCUUGCCCUUAUAUUUUAAAUGGUUUGUAAUGCCUCUUUUGUAGUACUUCAGAAAAUAUUUAUAAAAAUUAAUGAAUUGCUUGAUUUCUGAAUUUUUAGACUUACACAUAUAUAUAUAUGUAUAUAUAGUUUUAUUAUUAGUAUCUUUGUAUGGAACAAUUUUGAAAGCAAUGCACAUACAAAGUAUAAUUUAAAGGAUGCUUUUUAAUUAAUUCAUUCAUUCUUCCUAGAGAAAUAAAUGAUAUUGAGUUGUUGAUAUUUCAUAGAGCUAAAAAAGUUUGCUUGCCAAAGCUAAUUAAUAAAUAUAAUUUGUUUUGAUUAAAUUCCAAAAAGAAAAUUAUUUUUUAAUAUCCUUUUUUAAAUUGAUUAGACAUUUAAAUUUUGGGAACUUCUGAACUUCCAUACUUAAUAUUGAAUUAAACAUGGAAUUACAUAUUUUUAAUACUGAAUGUGAUAUUGGAUAAUUAUGGUAUUAAGUAUUUAAAACUGAGUAUUAAUGGUACGCAGUACUGACUGUUCAGUAUUUAAUAUUUCACGGAUAAAAUUGGGAGUAAAAAUUAAUUUUCAAAUUAAUAAAUAGAUUUAAGCCAUACAUAUAGUCUAAAUAUUAGUAAUGUAGCAAUAAACAUAUGUGUUCCUGUGAAAAGGCAAUAAUCAAAAAUAACAGUUUUAUAACCAAAAAUCAUAGAUGAUAAAUUUUAUUGAUGUUAUGUAACUUGUUGGUGAAGAUUAUAAAUAACUGUUAAUGAAUGUGGUAAAGAAGUUGCUCAUAAAAUGAUAUACUGCAUAUAUGAAGUUUCUUCUAAGAGCAUCCUGGUUUAGUAAGUUUACUAAAAAUAUGAUAAAUAUGAUCAGUUUUAAUUUUAUUUUAUGAAUUACAUAUAUUAUUUUUUUAAGUUUUCCAUUUUAAAAGAAUGUUCUAUAAAUAAUGUAUUUUUAUAUAAAAAGGCUUCAUGUUACAGUUGCUUUAAAAUCAUGGUCAAUUGAAAUAUUUUAUUACUUUUUGUAUAAGAAAAUUGUGUGUGUAUGUGUUGUAGGGUUUUGCUAUGUCUAGAAGCUUAUCUCAAUGUCUUGCAGACUGUACUCGACUGAAAAGUGAGUUACCCCUUUAGGCUGAAGCAAAUGACAAAAUCGAGGAAUGUUUAAAUAAUAACUUUUUUAUUUAACUCUUUAAAUGGGUAAAAGGCACUGUUUGUCCUACAGAUGAAUCACCGCUACUUGUAGGUAGUUAAAAUAAGGUAAGGUAAAGUUAAAUUCCAAUGUAGGUAAUGUAGUCUGAGACUAUACACAGAAAUAGGCUAUUUCAGCUGGCUCGAGGGAAUUAUAAUGGUGUGCAUUUUAAACUUUGGCUAACAAAAUGCUGAAGCCAAAAUAAAACUUUGGCUAACAAUAGUACUUUGCUGCAAUGGGAGGGCUACCAAAUGCUCGAAUUUUAAAACAUUAAAACCCUCGCCUUAAAUAUACAACUAAUUUGCAUUCUAAUGAGAUUUGCAGAAGAGAAGUAAAGCUUCAAAACAUAAGUGCUUAAUUAACGCAAAAUCCUUCAGUGUAUUAAUUGCAUGUCAUCUGUUAUGUUUAAUAUUUUAAUUAAUUUCUAAUUGUAAAUUUCACAAGAAUUUUUUUUUAAGUAGUCGCUUCUUUUUAUAUCAAUAAUAUGUUUAAUUUUUUUGGAAAGAAAACAUAAAAUAUAUAUUGUAGCUUGUAACAUUAGGCUUUUAUGUUGUGUUGUUUGAGCUACACUAAUAUUAAAUUUAUUUUUUUUUUAAAACUAAAUAUUUAUGGCAAGUACUGUAUUUUAAAAUUUAGAAAAGUAAUUUUUGCAUUAGUCCUGUGCCAGAUUAAAAAAGAACAAAGUUGUUGCAUAUCGCAAAAAAGCAAUGUCUCUAUACAUUUUACAUAAUUUAAUUUUUUUUUUUUUUUUAAAUUUUUGCAUUUAAAAAAAUGAUGUGCCAAAUUGUAAGCUGUAUCAGGAUUAAAUUUCUCGGUUUAAUGUCCUUAUUUAUCAUGAAUUGCAAGGGAAAUAGCAAGAAUUAAAAACCUAAAAUAUGAUACUUGCUUUAAAUGUUCGAAUUUCUGUUUUAUAAUAAUUGUAUUUGUGUUUAUGUACCUUAAAAAAGUUAUACUUUCAUUAUAAUUAGUAAUUUAUAAUACUAGAUAUCAUUCAUAUAUUGUAAUCAAGGAUUAUAAGUUUAGUUAGACUUGUGCUGUAACUUUUCAAAUUACUGCAACUCUGAAAUUAAGUAAUUGUUGCAUUUUGUUCAAAGUAGUAAAAGUAAAUUUCUCAUCAGAUAAUUAUUCACCAUAGAAACAGUAAUUCUGUGGAUUAUCAAUAACCGUGAAAUAAAAAUAAAUAACAGUUACUGUAAAGAAUGGGUCAUCAUGAAAGUGGGUUUUUUUUUUUUUUUUUUUUUUUUUUUUUAAUAUGUAGAUAAUGUACAACAGAACACCGUCAUUUGCUUUUUAAAGAAAUGUAUUUGUUAUGUUUCCUUUAUUUUGCAUAUAUUAUUUAUUUAUCAUUUAUUGGAAUUUGCAGCUCCAAUCAUGUAUAACACAUACUAUGUAAAAAGAAUCAUUUUUAUACAUAAAUUUGCAUUUACUAGUUUUCAACCAGCUUUUGUAUUUAGUGUUUUGUUACCUAGUCAAUGCUAGAAUCUAUGAUUCUGUAUAUAGUGUUUAAUUUGUGUAAAUAAAAGUUAUAGGAAAAAAGUA